AUGAAGCAAGUGACUUUAUGGAUAUUUGUUGGAAUUGUCAAGCUCUGUUCAGCUGUAAAUGAAACGUGCAUUUUAAAGUCACGGACAGUUGGAAUUUGCAAGCCUAUUAUUAAAUGUGAUGUUAUUCUUGAAACACUUACUUCUGGUGAUUUAAGCUAUUUGCAGUCAUGUCAAACUAAAGGUGAAAUUGGAAUUUAUUGCUGUCCACUUCAUUUGUCCAAAUCGGGUCCAAAAUUAUCACCUUUGUGUCAAAAAAGCAUUCAAAUUAAAGAAAAUUUAAGGAUCAACAGCACUGAAAUUAGUUCCAAUGCUGAGCUUCCUUUUCUGGUGCAGAUAUUGUCAAGCGACAAAGAUUUUAUUGGAUGCGGAGUUUUAUUGUCAAAGAAAUUUGUGUUGACAUCUGCACAUGCUGUUUAUGUGAGACGUACUAUGCCAAUUGUAAGGUUUGGUAAAAACAGAUUAGAUGCAGAAAUAUUGAACAUCAAUGUUAAGCAAGUGAUUCCUCAUGAACUGUACUUACCCAGAGAAACUUACUUUGAUGUUGCAUUGCUUCUAUUAAGCCAAGCUGUCAAGUUUGAUGACCUGACAUUUCCUGUUUGCUUACAUAAUUCCCAAAUUGAAUUAGGCAAUGUCCGAAAAUUCAUACGCAGUGGAUGGAUGGAAAAUGGAUUAAUGAAAAGUGAAGUCCAAAAAAUGCAGAGAUCCAAAUGUGACGCAAUCUACGACACCAAAAAGUAUAAAAUCAUGCUUUCUGACGGAAUUUCCAACAGCCUCUUUUGUGGAUGGUCUAAAGAAUUUAGCGUAAAUUCCGACGGUCCAAUUCACGUGCUCAUCAACAAUACAUUCUUUAUUUAUGGAUUUACUACAGCAAUAAACACAAAUUAUAAUUCAGAACUGCCUGGACUUUAUACCAAGAUGUCUGACGUAGCAAAUUGGAUUGAAGAUAUUAUAUUCAGCACAGAUUCCCCUUGAAUCUUAUGCAAUUUGAAAGACAUUAA